UCAUUUACUUACUUUUGAAUGAUCAAUAUCGAAAUUAAUUUCCGUUUUUUAUUGAUAGAAGGGGCAAGCAUUUCUUCGAGAAAAAUGAGUGAAAAGGAGAAAACGAUAGAGAAAACUGAAACAAAGAACGAAUCCAGCAAAAAAGCUGAAAAUGAGCCAGAAAAUGUUCACUCUGCCAACAAGUGGGAAGAAGUAGAUUUGGGCGAUACUGGCAGGAAGAACAAAUUCCUUCGUUUGAUGGGCGCUUCAAAGAAAGAACACCAUGGACAAUUUGUUAUUGGAGAGGAGAAAAUGCAUCAACAUGAAAGGGAAAGCCCAGAGAGAGACGUGGAAGAAAAGUUAGAAGAACAGUUCAACAAAGGAUUAGAGCAUAAGCUGUUAGCUGGUCCUAAAGCACAUAUAGGUCUAGGAUUUCAUGAAGAUCCAAAGAAAAAGUCCCUUAAUUCUGAGGAGGGAAAAGACGAAACCAAAGAAGGGGACAAGGAAAAAACUGAUGAAAAAGUAGCAGAAAAACAUAAACUAGACGAUAAAUCAGACUCUAGUGUCCCAGUGAAAAAGAAAAUGAUGUGCAAUUUUGUAAAAGCUAGUGAUUCAUGAUAGGUGUUUAACAUGAAAUACAAAAAUCAUUUUAUUUCUUGAAUGAAAGUUUACGGGGUGAAUGUUGUCAAAAUACAGUCAUUUUAAUAAAGGUCAUCAUGUUAGUUUUUA